AUGGCCAAGAUGUUCCCCAUAUUUACUCCCCUGAUGACCUUCAUCCUUAUCGCUCUCUUUAUUAGCCCUUCUACCGCGGGUACCUCUGAGACCCCCCGUGACGUCAUCCCAAGGCGCCGUAUCAAAAGGUCGAGCAUGGCUCUUCGACAGCGAGCUCCCAUUUACACCCUUAAACGCCGAGAUCCUGUAGACUUUGACAGAGCUCCAAACUGGGCCACAAAGCUACCCGGAGAUUUUAGCAACUCUAUUGGUCGGGAAACUGAAUUGGGUGCGGAAUUUGCUGGUUGCAUCACUUUACCCAAUGGCGCCUCACCUUCGUUCAAUGGAACUUUACAUUCGUUCAAUGGAACCUCACCUUCGUUCGAUGACAACCUACCAACAUAUACAGACACCCUCGACGCCGUUAAGCAGCUUGACUACAGGGGGAAUCAGACUUGCGUCCCACCACAAGGCCUUGGUGACCAAACCGAACAUCAUUGCGGCUCUCUCGCAACUUCGGGGACGUCUGAGAUAUAUUUCUGCGGCGCACCUGGCAAGUUUAUUCCUUGUUCCGGGAUCUCAUCAGCGAUCCUGGCUUUCAACACCGUCUGUGUACAGCGCGAAGAAGGUAGUUUCACAGAAAGGGGGUCUAUUGCUAUUCUUCCCGAAGGAUAUCCCGAGGAUAUCUCCCACUUGACAUUUAUUGUUAUUGAUAGCCCGGGGCUUUUCGAUGAUGUGUAG